UGGGAAGCGAACUUUUUUUUUCUAUUUUGCGAUCUGUCAAACUGUCAUAUGAUUGGUAACAACAUUUCUGUAUAGACAAAUCUCGAAAAACAACGAAAAUUACAUAAGUUUCUAAAAUCCACUGUUGGCGAUGUUCCGCUCGGUGAGCACAAAAGUAACCCCGGUGGUGCUUGGCGCAGUGGCCGUAAAUGCCAACGCCGGUGCGGAGAAACCGAAACCGAAGGAAGAGCCAAACAAAAUGGUCUGUAAACCUUCCGAACUACCACUCUACCGACCGCUGAACCAGAAGAUUGAUUGUGAAUGCCAUCAUCACAAAAAGGAAUCGACCGGACCUGCGUCCGCACUUGAAGAAGGGUUCAGAGCUAUCCGGGUCCAGGUGCAGGAAGUGUCCAAACUGGUCGAGGAUCAAAAGAAGCAAGUGGUUGAUCUGUACGAAGAAGGAAAGAAGCAAACAAAGUUUAUCAACGACUACUUGCAUCAGGAAGACAACACGAUGCCACGUGUUGGAGCAAUUGCGAUCGGUGGCUUGGCUGGUCUAAUCUUCGGUCUGCGAGGAGGCUUCUUCAAGCGUGUCAUCUACACCUCGAUCGGUUCCGGUGGUGUUGCGUCCAUCUGCUACCCACAGGAAGCGGAAAUGUACGCACAGCACGGGUUGGUUGAAGCGAAAAAGUAUGCCACGAUCGGGUACAACUUCGUGUACGGUGUAAAGCCUGGUGACAAGCAGCUGGAAUUGCCAACGAUCCCGUCGAAUCUGGGCGAACUGAAAGACAGCGUAUCGGGGUUGGCCAAAUCGGCUUACGACGCAGUAUUCCCAGAGAAGAAAUGAACCGGAAUGGUCGACUGUGCGUGUACGUUUUCCUUUCCUUGUGAUUCGUGAUUCUGAUUGGUGUAGAAAAUUGAUACCGUGUCGUACAUGUUAGUGGUGCAAAUAAACCACAUAAAAACUUG